UCGCUGCCUGGCUGCGCGUCGGUGAGUCCCCUGGGGAAACACACAUGAACCUUUGAGAUUGUCCUCUGUUUCCUGUCGCCACACAGUAAAACGUUUCACAAACCCUUUGGACUAAAUCAAAUACAGUCCACAUCAUGUGCCUGACAAAAUUCCUACUCAUCUGAACAGGAAAUUACAAUAUAAAUUCUUAAUUAAUUAUUAUCCAUAUUUAUUUCAUAAGCUUCAUCACUCUUUUUAUGCUAAUGCCUUGUGGACGUCUGUGAUGUUUGUUUGGCUGCUGUGACAUGUUGAAUCUCCCCACUGUGGGACUAACAAAUCUAAAGAUAUUUGUUUAUAUGUUGUGGGUAUUCAUUUAUUGAUUUAUUGUCUGGUGUUGUUUGUUGGGCUUCAAACUGACGUCGCUUAUUUAAGAGCAAAAAGCCCUUGACCCAUGAGUUUUAUACAUGAAUAAGGUCUUUAACACAAAAGAAAGUGCUGAUGAUUUUAACUCUCAUUAUUUCAUUAUAUUUAAUUCGUUCACUUUUUUCAUUCGAUAACAAAUACGAGUUUUCUUUCUUUUUUUUUUUUUUAAGUAUAUUUACAAAUGUGAACGCAAGCCGUUUCACUUUGAAGGGCGAAUUAGUUCAACAUCCGGUUUCGGUCCCGCCGCUUGACGUCGCUGCUCCGCUUGCGCUUUCACCUCGGGUGUGUUCGGUCCCGCGGACUCUUCCACUCUCUGUCACGGACAACAGGCUCAGCGGCCACUCCGACUCACCCUCCAGCACACGCCGCCUCCACAGUUCCGCUGCCCGGCUGCCGACUGAACAAAGACUCGGAGAAGAAGACUGGAACUGCGCCGCCCGCGUUCAUGCUGCAGCCCACGCAGGUGGAGCUUACCUCGGCUGAGUUGGCCCGCAGCGAUGUGGUCAUCAUGCUCCGCCCAGCGCUCAGUUUGGAUGUUUGUCCUGCUGGGCGCGACGUCGCUGCUGCUGGUGUGUAUGCAGGCGCGCAUGGCGCUGCAGAUCUCAGGCCUGAAGAUCCGCCUGAGUCAAAGUGGACCUGCGGACCGGAUAUCUGCUGCCGCUCGACCAGAUGAGGCCACCACCGUCCAGCCAGCGACCACAAGUGACCUUCCACAGACCAGCCAGACAUUGCCUGAUGCCCCUGGUGGUGACGCAGAGAAGCUACAGGAGUGGGAGCUGGAGUCCCGGCGCCAUCUGAUCCGCAGCGUCUGCACCAAGCUGGGUUACCCGGACGUGCCGGUCCUGAGGCAUCACGUGUCUCGGGUGUUCGUGGAGAACCGAUACAAGCUGCUGUACUGCGAAGUGCCAAAGGCCGGCUGCUCCAACUGGAAGCGGGUGCUGAUGGUGCUGGGGGGCAGCGCCGCCUCCGCCCGGCUCAUCCCUCACGACGAGGUGCACUACGGCAACCACCUGCAGCAGCUGGACAGCUAUCCCCGUGACGCCAUCACCAACAAGCUCCGCUCCUACACCAAGGUCCUGUUCGUCCGCGAGCCUUUCCAGCGCCUCGUCUCCGCCUUCAGGGACAAAUUCGAGAACCCGAACCCGUACUACCACUCUGUGUUCGGACGGGCCAUCAUCUCCAGGUACCGAGCCAACGCCACGCAGGCUGCUCGGAGCAGCGGCGACGGCGUCACCUUCAGGGAAUUUGUUCAGUACUUGCUGGACCUGCGGCGGCCGGCCUGGAUGGACAGCCACUGGCAGCCCGUGGCUCACCUCUGCAACCCCUGUCUCCUCAAGUACGACUUCAUCGGGAAGUUCGAGCGACUCGAGGAGGAGGCCAAUCUCCUCCUGCGCGACAUCGGGGCGCCGGCCACCCUCACCUUUCCACACUUGAAAGACCGCGACCCGCUGGCUGCGAGGACGUCGGCGGCCAUCACGCACUCUUACUUAAACAAACUGAAUGCCACAGAGAGACAAAAGCUCUACGAGUUGUACUACCUGGACUACCUGAUGUUCAACUACACCAAACCCUUCUAGGACCUCAGCUGAACUCCUGAGGCCUGCCUGGUUCGGAGUGGACUUCUAUUGGCCUUAAUAUUUCGCAAAUAGCUGCAGGUUUUGGAAAACAAUUCCUGGGGCAUGACGUCAAUCAUUGACCCGUAGCCUUUUCCAUUUGUGUCUUGUCUCCCUCCGGUGUUGGUUUUUGGAACUACAAUACUGAUUGCUAUUCUUCCAGGAAAAAUAAAUAAAUAAAUAUGCUUCUCAUUAUUAUCUUAAAUGUUCACCAAGAUCAAAUGUGUCGAUGAUGAAUCGACAUUGAAGCUGCGUAUCAUGUCCAGAAUGUCCAG